UUUGACAGGUUCACCCCGCCAUCUGUGGGCGAAGCACGGAACUACAGAUGUACACAAACGGAGGGCAGUUCCGCUAACGAGGAUCACGAAUCUCACUCAUUUCACUAAGUCUAUGCAAACAGAAUAAUAGAAGAUGGGGACCCGAAAGCCACCAGUAGUCAAUAAGCCUUCGACACUGCUGAGUCGAGAGGAAAAUGAGAUCAUGAUUAGAAUGCUUGGGCCACGAUGUCAGACUCUAAGCACAGCUGUUGUGCAGGUGUUUGGCACAGAUGGUCCACACCACAACGCUUGGCGGAAGAGGUAUUGUGGUGUGGCAACGUUUACUAAGGACAAUGCAAGAAAGUCUUAUUAUAUUCAGGUUUAUGACACAGUGGCAGGAGUGAGGCUGUAUGAGCAAGAGCUAUACAACCAGUUUACGUACUCUGCUAUGAUGCCUUUCUUUCAUCAGUUUGAAGCUGAGAAAAGGAAAAAGUUUGAGAAGUUUUUGGAGAAUUCAGACAGUGUCCAACAAAAAUGUCAGAAAAGGACUGUAGUAAUUGUUGGAGCACUUUGUGGAAUCUACAUGAUGGAGAAUUUGGAAGAAACUAGCCAAAAAGUUCCUCAUGAGAAGGCUAACCCAUACAGAAGGAGUCGCAGUCUGAGCGACACUAUUUUGUGCUUUGUGGAUAACCAUUUUGGAGUUGAUGAUGUUGAUGGAUUGAACAUAACAGUUGGACAAAAUAGAGGUGGUGGAAACAUAGCCAGGUCUGGAAACAUUCAAGUUGAAUGGGAUGGAGAAAUGAAUGAUAUCCCAUUAUUAGUCCAACUUUUUGCGCAAAGUUUAGGAAGGCUGUCCAGACUUGGGACUUCCAUUAUAAGAAGAGAUCUGAGGGAGAGAAGCAUUCCCUUAGUGGGAUUCACGCAGUUACAAACAAACAUGAGAUUGGGACUUGUAAACAAAGAAUUUUCUUCACAGCAAGACUUAUCUAGGGACCAGAUGAUAGGAUUAAACUUUGCUGAUGAAGGUGAAGCAAAUGCCUUCAGUCGAGCCAUCAAUGAACGGCUUGCUGUAAAACAACGCAGGAGAGAGGAAAGGAGAAGACAGAGUGACCAGCAGCAGAGGCAGUCACUGCACCCACAACCCACAAUCCCCUCUCAGCCACAACAAACACCGGUGCAUGCCCCUCCAGCCUUACCUCCCAAAGAUGACAACAAGAAAAGGAGUGGCAAGAAGGCCAAUAAGAAUAAGAACAAGAUUAGCAAAGAGCAGAUUGGAAUGCCAACGGACUUUAAGCACAUCACCCAUGUUGGUUUUGAUCCUGAUAAAGGAUUUUCACAGUUCAAUAUGGAUGAAAAGCUUCAGGGCUUCUUUAAUAUGGUUGGUGUGAGCCAGCAGCACUUAUCAGACACACGCACUCGAGAAUUCAUUUACGACUUCAUUGAACGUCAUGGAGGUGUUGAAAAAGCUAUGCAAGAGACUCAGCGCUACUCGACCUCACCGAAUCCCCCUGGUGCCCCAGAAGUGUCACACAUGCCACCUCCACCUGCCAACACUUUAUCUCCUCCCACACCACCACCCAGCAUCCCCUCACGCAAUUCCUUCAGUGGGUCUCGAGCUGCACCUCCUCCUCCUCCUCCACGCACAAACAACCAUGCUCCACCUCCUCCUCCUCCAGUCUCUGCUCCACCGCCACCACCUCCACAUUCUCGGGGUCACAUGCCUCCGCCUCCUGGCCAAGUCAUUGCAGAUGAAGAGAAGGCCGAGCAAGUGGUAGCUGAUGGACAAAAGACCAGCCCUCUGCCGCCCCCUCCCCCUACAGCCAACAACACCCCCCCGCCGCCCGCCCCAAGGAUAUGUGAAUAUAUUAAGUACUUGUGGAUUGAUUGCGUAUUAGGAGUCCUGCUCUUUUCCCCCUUUCUACAGCCCAGUAGUCAGCAUGAUGAGCAGAAAGUCGAGCCAAUCGAGCGGCCACCAGUUAUGGAUUCCCGCAGUCAACUGUUAGACCAGAUCAGAGGAGGCGUCAAGCUUAACAAAGUUGAGGAGACAGCCAAUGGAAGCGGUGAUCAUAAGUCGUCUGGACCCCAGCUAGAGGGUAUGGCACUGGAUCUGCAUCGUGCUCUCAUGGGACGAGCUCUGGCCAUGCAGUCGGAGAGUGAUGACGAUGACGAUGAUGAUGAUGAUGAAGAUGAUGAGUGGGAUGAUGAUGAUUAAGAGAGCUAGAAUCAGUAGGUCUGUUGGAAAAUUAGGAAGAUCUGAUCUGUUGCCAAAGCAUUCCUGCUAAAAUGAUAUUGUGUUGAUUUACCUUUGUAUUUAUCAGAAAAAAAUGCUGUUAUCUGUGAGUAUUCAACUUAUUCUUAAGCAUAGCAAUAUUAGGAACUGAAAAUUGAAAUAUAUUUUUAUUAUAUUUUAAGCAUUUUAGAAUUUUCUAGAUAAAGUGUUUGAUAUGAAUAUCAUAUGGAUAAUCAAUAAGUUAAUGUAAUAAAGCACUUAUUGAUUUACAUGAGAUAUUCACAUUAAUUGAAAGCGUUUUAUAAUUGACAAAAGUCUAAAAUGUUUGCAAUGGCCAGUGUGAUAGAGAACUAAUUUGUAAUUAUUUAUCCUCUAACUACAAAUGGUGACGUAGAAUAAUGAUGGAUACAAGUUCCCUGUAAAGUUAAUGGAUGACACAAAUGAAAGAGAUUGUGUGUGAGGAGUCAUUGUAUAGCAGUGCAUUUGCAGUGCCAGCUGAGAGUACUCUGCCCAUACCAGAGAUCUUCCAUAAGCUUUAGAAACUAGUCUGCGCCCAGUUUUCUGGUGAAGAUUCCACUUUUAUUCGUCAGCAAGACUUAUGACAAGUGCCUUAGUUUCAUUUUAUCUUUUUUCUUUUGGUCUUUGCUGGAAGCUGGGUUUAAAAACAGGGUUCAAACCUACUUGUUAGUUACUCAAUGGCUAUCUCUUGCACACCAAACCGUGCCGUUAUCCAAGAUCUGACGACCAUGCAGCCUCCAUCCCUUUUGUUCCUAUCAUUACCUAUUGGGAUAGGAUAGUAAGUGGAAAGGUUGUAUCAUAAGAUAGAUACUCUUAAAAGGCAAAAAAGCCUCAACAGAGUAUGGUAUUAGGAAAUUCAUGUUUCAGUGUUUAAAUAUGAUUAGUAUAUAAGUGUUGCUUCCAAAGCUUUUGCUCUCUAUAAGGAUUUUUGGUUGACAUUCCUGCCAAUAUAAGCUCAUAAAUACAACAAAGACAACCUUACAACACACAAACAUACCACUUACAUAAAUACAUUUAUUUACGCAAAUAACUACUUGUGCUCAUAUUUGCAUCAAUAUUUUUACACAGAGAUAUAUUGUAUACAGUCAAGGACACACAUAAGCUUACAUAAAUAGACUUCAAUAUACAUAGAUGCAUAGAGAUAAACAUACACACACGAAAGAAACUGGUAGGUUUGUUAGAGCCUUCACUUGUUUGAUAAUUUUUUUUUUUACCCUUACGGGUGGUUAUGGCUGGUCAGGUGUUCUAGAGAGUUUUGCACUCUUUCAGUGCAACAGAUUUAUGUACUUACAUUUUUUUCUGUUUAGGUUGGCCAGUUGGUCUUUUCCUUUCAUCCAGUAUCUGUGUGAUUAUAGCCUGUAGGGUCUUAGGGUACACAGAAAUCCUACAUAGUCAUACCUUUUUCCUUUUUUGUUAUUAUUAUCAGAUGAGUGUUGGAUUUGAGGCUUUGGGUUGAACUGAUUCCCAUGUCAGGCUGAUGUUAGUUGAAUUAUUCAUUGGUUUAUGUUUUUUUUCUUUGCUCUCAAGAGUGAACAGAAUUGUUCUGACAAGUCAUUAUUCUUCCAAUACUUUUGUUGUAACCUUGAAUCUCUUUUUAUGUCUAAGAAAAGUUGUUGUUCUUAUAGGCCAUCAUUUUGUUUAUAAAUUAGAUAUCCCUUCACUGACCUUUCCAUUUUUUAAGUUUUAGAAUCUGACAUUAAUAGAAUGUCAGAAUACUUGAGGCUGCUAAUGUAAAACUGAAUAAUUAAAUUUACAUAGUAAAGUGUAAGCUUGUAAAAAAAAAAAGAGA